CUGUGCGGGGUCGGGCCGUCAUGAUUCGCUUCAUCUUGAUCCAGAACCGGGCCGGCAAGACGCGCCUGGCCAAGUGGUACAUGCAGUUCGACGACGACGAGAAGCAGAAGCUCAUCGAGGAGGUUCACGCCGUGGUGACUGUGCGGGAUGCCAAGCACACCAACUUCGUGGAGUUCCGGAACUUCAAGAUCAUCUACCGGCGCUACGCGGGGCUGUACUUCUGCAUCUGCGUGGACGUGAACGACAACAACCUGGCAUACCUGGAAGCCAUCCACAACUUCGUGGAGGUCCUGAAUGAAUAUUUCCACAAUGUCUGCGAGCUCGACCUGGUGUUCAACUUCUACAAGGUUUACACUGUGGUGGACGAGAUGUUCCUGGCCGGCGAGAUCCGCGAGACGAGCCAGACCAAAGUCCUGAAGCAGCUCCUCAUGCUACAGUCACUGGAAUGAGCUGCCCGACCCCUCCCCGCUCCCUGCACCCCUCCAUCUUCACCCUGCCGGGCUCGUCUCGCGCUCGGUCCCGGGAUCGGCGACUGCCCAAAACGAACGUCGCUGCUCUCAGCUGGGAAGGGAUGCUGCUCCCGGGAAUCACAAAUGAGUCACAGAUUCCAGGCCCGCGUGCGCCCUGCCCGGCCUGCGCUCCCCCAGGGACAGACAUAGGGGCGCAGAUCCCUGGGGGCAGGCAGGCGGGCCAGCUGUCUCACGCCCCUGCCCUCCACCCAGCCAUCUCCCCGUUCAUCUAAACGUGUUGUGCUGCCUGCCUAGAAGAGGGACCAUAGCUCUGUGUUCGCCGUGGGCAAGCAGCUGCUUUGUCCGUGGCCGGUGGAGCGAUUGUAUUGAAAUAAAUGUCUGUGAAACGUU